AUGGGAAACACCUUCGGCUCUUCUCCGGCUAAGCAGUGCGUGCUGGAGACGUGGUCGACGAGUUUUACAGAGGGCGACACCGCGGCGCACAGUUUCCAGGUCACGGGCUUCUCUCUGCUGGACGGCAUGGGCGCCGGCAACUUGGUCUCGUCGAGCACGUCCAGAGUCGGUGAUUGCGACUGGGACAUCACGUUCUACCCGGAUGGGUGGAAGGUGGACGGAGGUGCCCACGCCUCGGCCUUCUUGCGUCUCUGCAAAGGAGAACCAGGGGUGCAGACCAACUACACCCUGAGUUUAUUGGGCAAGGACGGCCAAGUGUUUGAGCAAGUGAACCUAGAGCAUAUCUUCAAAUCCACAGGUACCUUUUGGGGGUAUGAGCGCUUUGUCAAGAAGUCCAAGCUGCAACGGUUGGUCUCCCGCAACGACGACUGUGUGACGAUCAGGUGUGUUUUGACUGUCAUGAGGAAUCAUCGCACGGAAGAGGUGCGUGCCUUCAUCAUCCCAACCCCACCGUCAAAUCUGCACAAAGAUUUUGAAAGGAUGUUGAAGGACGAGGAAGGCGUGGAUGUCACCUUCAUCGUGGGUGACAAAUCGUUCCGUACUCAUAGACACGUUCUGGCGGCACGGUCGCCGGCCUUCAGGGUAGAGCUUUUGGACCCGACGACAAAGGAGGACCCUACAAAACCCGUCAAUGUUCAUGACAUGACGUCCGACAUCUUCGAGGCACUUCUUCAUUUCAUGUACAUUGAUGCACUCCCACAUGGUAGCGAUCUUGAAAAGAACGCGGUAUUGUGGCGUUUGUUGGCUAUUGGAGAUCGAUAUGAACUGGACAGGCUAGUGACGAUGUGCGAAGGGAUGCUAUGCCAAAACAUAAAUGAGCAAACAGUCGCGACCACCCAACUUUAGCAGAGCAGUAUGAU